UGUGUGUGUGGAGCAGCAGCGACAGAAGUCUUCCUCUCUUCAGUCGACCGGCUGCUCGUCUUCGCUCAGCAAAAUGCAAAGUGUGUUCUCAGUGACGCUGCUGCUGCUUCUGGCCCUGGCGCUGCCGGCCGAGGCCACCAGGAAGGCCAAAGCCCACCGAGGAGAGAAACAGGAUCAGACCCGCCCGGCCUCAGAAUGCUCCGCUGCAGAGACGCAGUACGGGAAGUGUGUCCCUGAACACGGGGACUGUGGCGCCGGCCUCAGGGAGUCCACCUGCAGGGACCUCACGGAGCAGAUCCACUGCAAGGUCCCCUGUAACUGGAAGAAGGACAUCAGUGACUGUAAGUAUAAGUUUGGGUCUUGGGGGUCCUGUGACUCCGAGACCAGCACCAAGACCAGGUCCGGGUCCCUGAAGAGGGUCCUGUUCAACGCAGACUGCCAGACCACCGUCACCGUGUCCAAGCCCUGCUCCCCCAGGGCGAAGAAGAGCCGGGGAAAGAAGACGAACUGAAAGAGGACCAGGAGAAGAGCUCAUACUCUUCAUUGAUCAAAACCCUCUUUGAUUAUUUUUUAUUCUGAUUUGAUGUAUGUGUUUAUUUGGUUUAAAGAAGCUUAGAUAUUAAUAAUAAUAAUUGUGUCCCUGUAGCUCAGAGCUGGUUUUUACUUCAGUAGUUAAAAUAUAAACAAAUUAAAAAGAAUAACGUUCCUCCAUAAAAUCUAUUUUUUGAACUAUAGAUUAUUGAUGUUGUAUAAAAGAUCAAAAUAAAUACUGUACAUUGUU